GGUAAGAUUUCAACAAAAUGAUCGACUCAUUGCAAUAUCUAAUCGAAAAUUGGGAGACUAUUGGAAAUGCGUUGCUUUACAAAUUUAAAGACCAAAAGUUUCUAUUGGCUGCGUUGAAAGGAUUGAGAAAUGGAUUAGUAUAUGGAGUUCGGAUUCGUGCCCCACAUGCGUUGGUCAUGGUCUUCCUGUUUGGAGAAGGAACAAUUCUUCAAAAACUUCUCACAAUCUUCCGACUAACGAAAACUCAUGCAUUGAACCUUGGAAAGUUUGUGUUUUCUUAUAAAUUUCUUCAAGGAGCACUAAGUGAAAUUGAUGGGAAAAAGAAAGAAUGGCAUAGUUUUGCUGCUGCUCUUGUCAUGGGAUAUUAUGUCUUUGGAGAAAACAAUGCCGUUAAUAUGCAAAUAAACUUGUAUCUGUUGUCGCGAAUUGUUGUCGGAUUAACCAAAUUAGCGGCUAAUGAGAAAAUUAUACCUCAGCCAAACUUCCCAGUCUUCCCAUUAUUUGGUGCAGCCGUAUGGGGAAUUGUACUUUGGCUAUUCGAAUUCCAUCCAACAGUUCUUCAAGGAUCUCUUCAGAAAUCAAUGACAUACCUAUACCAUGACUCAAACUACUGGUCCGAUAUCAAAACUUUCCUUUUUAAAAACAAAUAGACAAUUAUAAGAAAGUAAAGAAAGCACAACAGUUUAUUUCCUUUAAACAAGUUUUUUUGAAUUUCCUCCCAAUAAAUUGUGAAGUUUUGGGAAA